CAGAAGUCCUUACAGUCCAGGGCCUGUUUCCCUGUGGCAGCUCCCUAUUGCUGGAGCAGGAGAAAAGUGCUCCGGAUCCUGCCAGGACUCUUGGUCUUUUGGGUGCGACACAAAUCGAGGUGAGGGAAGAGGGAGGAAAAUCCCCUGGAUCCCUGCAGGAUUACUUUAUUCAAAAAAAGAAAUAAUAAAAAAUACUCAACAUGCAAAAGUCUUGUGAAGAAAAUGAAGGAAAACCACAGAACAUGCAAAAGGCUGAGGAAGACCGCCCUUCAGAAGAUGUACCACAGGAGGCAGAAGGAAAUCCUCAGCCUUCCGAAGGUGUAAGCCAGGAAGCAGAAGGAAACCUUAGCGAAGGGCAGACUCAACCUGGCCAGGGAUUUAAAGAGGACACUCCCGUUAGGCAUUUGGACCCUGAAGAAAUGAUAAGAGGAGUAGAUGAGUUGGAAAGGCUUAGGGAAGAGAUAAGAAGAGUAAGAAACAAGUUUGUGCUAAUGCAUUGGAAGCAAAGACAUUCACGCAGCCGUCCUUAUCCUGUGUGCUUCAGGCCUUGAAUCCUUUUUGGUCUGAUAUUAAAAUCUGGCCCCUGCUUUCUUUCUGUUAGCAUUUUCUAAUGUAUCUUUGACCUUCACUUUACUUUUAAUCAUCUGGUGCAAUUUUGUUUUAGGUAGUUUCCUUGUUACCAGCAUCUCAUUGGAUUUUGGAUUUUGGAUUUUGACCCAUUUUCCAGGUUUAUUUUUCAUUCAAGAAAUUUCACACAUAUGCAUGGAAAUAUGUUCAUUCCGUAUUGUAAAGUAAAACAUAACAGGUUGUAAAGCAGCAUAUUUAGUAUCAGCUCACAUAUGUAGGAUAAAAUUUCAAACUGUGUGUGUGUGCGUGUGUGUAUACAUACACACAUAUAUCAAAAACUUAAUCGUGCUUAUGUCUGUGUGAAGUUUGUUUAUAUUCUGUUGCUUUUCGCUUAUAUGUAUUUUUUAAUGAACAGGUGUCUCACACACAAAAAAAAGAAUUGUUUUUUUUUUUUUUAAUGAGUCAAUUUGCAACCAGCUUAUAAGGGCAACGGGGGCACCUAAACUCUUGAUGAAUGAACUAUUAAAAAGUAAUGUAAACCUCAAAUUACCUCUGGAUCUCUUAGCCAGAGGAAUAAAACUGGCAAUUGUUGCAGAUA